AUGGUUGUGUCAAAAACGUUUCUAUUUAUACUCGUUUUGUGUUUGGCGCAUCAGAGUUUAAGCAAACCUACUAGUGAAGAUGGGCUAAGCGAGGGACGCGGAAUUAUUUCGACCAUUUGGGAUUGGAUAACUUAUCCCUUUACGUGGUGGAGUUCUACAGAACCCGAAAAACCAGUAACCGAACAACUAAUCGGGUCAACUACAGCUAAUCAAAACGAUGUAGUGGAGACUUCAAAUUCCAAUAUAACUGUAUGGUGUAACGACCAAACUUGUACCACAAUGAGAUGUGACAAGACGGGGUGUAAGAAUGUCACUUGUAAUGUUUACGAUACGAAUGUAAAGGGAGAGUGCAGAGAGUACAACAUAUUAGUCGAAGAAGAACACGCGGUUCUUAUGCCCACUGACGCUACGACAAAAGCGCCUGUGCACAUUGAAACAACGGAAAUGCUACAAGCAAGCUCUGAAAAGCCCUCCACUGACAAAGAUAAUGUUGUGGUUGAGCAACCGUUAGAGUUAGAAGCCAUUAUAUCUUCGACAGUUAAUCAGGAUAUCAAGGAUCCUCAAAAUUACGAAGAACGAAAGUAA